AGAAGUGAUAUACUGCUAGCCAUUUUCCCAUGCACACUUCGCUGGCACCACAGGUCCCUGUUGUAAGAUAACCCAUCCUCUUGAGGCUGAUGCAGCUGUAGAGGAGCAUAAGCCAAAGCUGGGACAUUACAAUGGCUGAAAGUCCCAGGUAAGUGGAGCCUUGUGCACAUGUGUAGGGACCUCCAGCUCUGAUUGCAGUCCUAGUGCUUGAAGCAGAGUCCUUCCUAGAGACAUUAGCCAUUUGUAGAGUUUUACCAGGCACCAGUUGUAGGUUCAAUGAUAAAGUAUGGAAUGAGCUUAAAGCUUGGUCAGAUGUCUGAACAGGAUUCUCCAGGUUAAAGUUGGUCUGAAUAAAAAUUGAAACAAGGUUAAAGUAGCCUUUUUAAGGUGGAAACUUUUCAAGUCAGCGCGAACUCUGGUUGCUGUAGAAAUACGAAACACCCUGUCAACUAUGGCCUGUUUAGCCUACUUGGAGGUGAGUAGUAUGGCCAGUAUUCUCCUGACGUAUUGUGGGAGAAUGACUUCAGAUAUGUCCCUGAUAUUUACAUAACUACUUCUGUGCCUGGCUUCCAUAGCUUCCAGUCAAUGGUUCACUGAUGCUUGAGCUCAGUGUAGCUCUGCAGUCAGGGCCUUAAUUGAGGUGUAUUGUGUAUGAAGGGCCUAAGUAUCCUGCUCCACUGCCGUGAGGCAUCCCUCAACAGUGUGAAUUUCUUCUCACACUAAGGUGAGGUCUGCCGAAUAUAGCUGGCAGAUAUUGCGGAGAAGAGUCUUAAUAUCUUCCUUAGUGAAAGGCUGCUCAUUUUCCUCAUCAGAGGAGGAGUGAUGCAGUCCCCCAGUUGUUGGAAUAUUGUACAAUACGCCCAGGGCCUGUUCCUCUGAGUAGGCCUAAAAUGGCUCCCUAUUUUCUCUUCGUGCACAGGCUCCAGGGGUUUUGGUAGGCCUGAUAAAACUACCUCCAAUAUUUUCGGCACAUGGCAACUCCUCUGCAACACAUCUAGCCUGCCCAGUUGCCAGCUCAGCCUUCCUCUCAUUUUUAGAGGAGCCGUGGAUUUAUGAAAAACUGUUCAAUUCAUUGUUUUUCAUAAAUCCAGGUGCUUGGCAAGAUAAAGGAAGCUAGGAGAAUUUUAUGAAUGAUAUCAAAGGCAGCAGAAAAGUCCAUAAGGUGGACAUUGUCUCUUAGCCAUAACAGUGCCAUGUAUUAAAAAACAAAAUGCUGACGUAGUAAAGUAAAAAGGCUGUACCCACAAAUGGGAUUCACCGGAUAGUUGGAUGACAGAUAAGCGCAUUGUAGACAAUCCUUUAAUGUUAUCCACCCCUCCUCUUCUCUUUCUCUAGGAAGAACAUGAGAAUAAAAUCAAGAAAACAUUUGAUAAUCACAACCUGUUCAUUUGCAUGGCAGAUCUGUUUCUGGCUGGUACUGAGACAACAUCUGCCAGUCUAGAGUGGUGCCUUCUCUAUAUGAUGGUGUUUCCAGAUGUACAAGGUACAAUUUCUUGGCAUAUCUCUAGCAUUAGAUCUGGUAUCUGUAUAACACAGCAGAUUGAGACUUACAUGACCUUUGGAAUUAAUGGUUUCAGAGAAAUGUCGAAGUGAAAUUGACAGAGUUCGUGGAGACAGAGACCGACUUGAUUAUGAGGACCGAGUAAGCAUGCCAUACACGCAGGCUGUCCUACAAGAGGUACAGAGAUUUGCCUGCAUUGCACCUCUAGGUGGAGCUCACGCAGCCCUAAAGGACGAACAACUAAAUGGUUUUAUAAUCCCAAAGGUAAGAAAAUGCAUGGUGAAUUCUAUUGCCUGUAUUAUUACAAAUAUAUUCCAUCUGAAUGAGUGAAUAUAUAUAUAUAUUCACUCAUUCAGAUGGAACAUAUUUGUAAUAAUACAUGAACUCCACUCAUCUCUUGUAACAUUAUUACAUUAGAGAAUGCCUGGUGCUUUAUAGAUUACUGGCCCCCCAUAUAGAAGUUAAAAAAAGAAAAAGAAAAAAAGUUACUCUCUCAUCACUCAAUAUAGAGGGGCACCAGGCUGUCUUUCACCUACUAAAUGGCCUUAGUAACCUCAUUCUUUUCAACAAUGACUUAAGUCAGGAAACCUCAAUAAUAGAUUGUAUUGGCUCCCUUCAAAGCAGCCUUAAUGCAUGAAAAUUCCUACCUUUGUGCUAAUGUAGCUGGAGAUAGAUCGGUAUGUAACAAGAUUGCUACUCCAGAUUAUGCAGCCUGCAUAAUGUGUUUUUUGUUCAGUAAAAAAAUGCACAUGUACAAUCACUUUCUUAAUGUCAGGAAAACUGGUAGACCCAACAUGAGUCAAUGAGUAUAGGCAGGACAGUAGUCAAUAAUAGCCAAGAUCAAAACCAUAAAUAAAAAUAGAGAAUAAUAAUACCUUAUUUGGAACCAAAAUAGUACCAUGACAGGGCAAGGACCUGAGCCCCAGCAAACUAUUUAUAGUCUGUAAAUUUAACUCUAUAGCCAUGCUCCCAAAAAGUUUGAAUCUGCUGAUUUUGGCAGGUCAUGAUGCCAUCGGCACUAUGACAUCAGCACACGCUGCGUUCUGUAAGGGGACAGAAUCACAUGCUUCACAUGUGUUGUGGCUGCUAUGGUAACUCCCUAGCCAGCACGUAGCAUCACUCUGUUCAGAAACCGGAAUCGUGGCAAUGAAGCCAGCAUGUCAGCGUCACAGAGGAGCUUUGCCCUGCUUGGGGAAGCAAAUCAAUGAAGACUGUGGGUGGCAACAUCUAAAUAAUCAGCGUAACAUUAGGAAAGCGUGUUUGUACAACACCUUAACACAUUUACAUAUGGAGAUAAUUUUACAUAUGGCUGCAAAGUCUAGUGAUCAGGCUUAUAAUAUUAUUACACAAAAAAUUCCAGAAUUGCAGAAUUGCAAAUUGCAAACUUUGUAAUUAGGCCAUGGUAAUGUUCAUCUCCAGCCCAUGAAGCCUCUAAUCCAGCACUGAUCAUAUCAUACAAUGUAUUAAGCAAUAUGUAGCUCUGAAUAUUUAGGGGUGUGUGUGUGUGUGUGUGUGUGUAUGUAUGUAUGUAUAUGUGUGUGUGUGUGUGUGUAUAUAUAUAUAUAUAUAUAUAUAUAUAUAUAUUAUUUUUAUUUUUUGUGUACAAAACAUAGAAGUACCAUUGGCAUAUUUCUGCUGCAUACAUAGUUUCAUGUUUUCUGUAUAGGGAACAACCAUAAUCACAGAUCUGUCAUCUCUUAACUACGAUGAAACUUACUGGAAAUAUCCACAUGAGUUUAAUCCAGAGAAUUUCCUGAACGAUGAUGGGGAACUGAUAAAAGUAGAGUCUUUCUUACCAUUCUCUGCAG